GGAAGUCGAAAUAGAAAUAUGGGAAUUAGUCCACGUAUCAUUCCAGUCCUCUUCUUCAAUCUGCCAUUUCAGGUACUCCCGAUUUCAGUACCUAAACAGUGGUUUGGCAAAUGGCAGAAAAUACUAGAAAAAAUUAUUGCGAAGGACAAAUACAAUAGAACAAGUGCAAUGACCAGAUACAGAUCCAGAAACAUGGGAGACUUGGGGAUACGUAAUCUAAAACUAUAUUAUGAUGCUUUCCAACUCAAACAGCUGUUGCAUAUUAUUAGGAAUUCCGAAGAUACAGUGUGGGUAGCCAUGGAGGUGGAGAGGAUGGUACCCUCAAUUCGAGCAUGGCCAUUUCUAUCCCCAUCAUGGCCACAACUUAAACAGAUUCCUAGCCUUUUCCUACAGGCAACCUUUUUGGUAUGGAAAUAUUGGGGGAAAACGUUAGCACCCAUCCUUUCUCCUCUCACCCCCUUUCUAGACCUUCCUGAAUUCAGGGAUAAAGACAAAUAUGCUCAAUACAAAGGAUGGGAAGAGAAAGGCUUAUAUAGGAUUCAGGAUCUAAUUGAAAAAGGCCAACCCAUAUCAGAGGUCUCAUUACGCAGAAAACUGGCACAGACAUCCUAUAACUGGAUGCAGAUAGCCCAGGUUCGUUCAUUACCACACAAAUUAGGGAAAAGAGCCGACACUAAACGCACACAGCAUUUGAGAAAAUGUGUACAAGCUCAGCUGCAGAGACAAAAGUUGUAGCAGCUUCAAUAUAUAAAGUUCUUAUAGCAGCCGCAAUGGGUAAGACUUUAGGUCUUAAGAUGAAAUGGAAGGAAGAGCUAGGUGUAGGCAUGGAUGAGCAGCAGUGGAAUGAAUUAUGGUCUAAGCCUCCUAUAAGAACUGCCUCAGCUAGAAUCCAAGAAAGAGCUCUCAAAAUACUUCACCAAUGGCAUUGGACACCUUUAAAAUUAUACCACAUCAAUAAAUCUAUAUCCCCUCUAUGUUGGAGAGGAUGUGAAGUUGUGGGCUCUUUUUGCCACAUGUAGUGGAACUGUAAACCAGUAAUGAAGUUCUGGAAUGUGGUUUUGGGGGAAAUCUCGGAUAUUACAGGGCAGUUGCUAGCUCCGGACGCGGCCUUGGCCUUAGUGUCCUAUACAGGACAUUUAAAAGUACCCAUUGUGCACAAAGACCUGGUUAUCCUGUUGCUAGCAGCAGCCCGCAUGGAAAUCUCACUUCAGUGGAAACUAGCAGAUGAUCUUUCAACUGAACGAUGGAUGGGCAGAGUAUGGGAAAUAGCACUUUCUGAAAAACUUAUGCGACACAAUAGAAAAAUUCGCAGCUUAGCAAAAACAGAGAAAUUUGACAAUGUGUGGUACCCGUUCAUACUUUAUAUUAACAAAACUCUACCAGUUUUCUCUCCCCCGAUAUCCCAGGUCUCGCUAUGGAGAGGGUCUAUCUUUCACACUAACACAGAGAAACUUAUAGAAUGACAGAGAGAAUAAAGUCAAUGAGUGAAAAAUAAUUAUAAAAUGCCAUUUUGUUUUUAUUAAGG